AUGACUUCGGAAGGUCACACAGAGCCUCCAGAGAAGCGCCGUCGAGUAGAUCGAGUCACGGCAGCAUGUGAUCUCUGCAAGAAACGGAAAGUCAAGUGUAACGGCGAACAACCGUGUGCUUACUGCCAACGGAAGGGUCGUGCAGAUACGUGCACAUUCACAGCGCCGAAGGUCCGCGGGGCACGAUCUGCUGCUGGGCAAACCCCAAACGGUCUGACGCCCUCAAAUCCGAGAAGUCACGAUGGCGCUGCGGCCAUUGGCACAUCUCUAUCGCCCACCGUUAGCAGAGAUGAACACCCAGAAGACACAGCUGUACCUUUAGAAGGUCGCAUUCUGCGUGAUGCGCAGGGUAAGGUCAUCUUUGUCGGCGACUGUGCACCUUUGUCGUUCCUGCAGACUGUCAGGCACUUAAUUGCGUCUGCUGUUGAUGCGGACGCAUUGCCUGCCCAGUCUUCCCGAGACUCCAUCAUCGAGGUUACCAGGCCAACAUCUGCCGAUCAACAACCGUCUUUGUCUAUGUCCCUACACGAAGUGCGCCCCCUUGUUCAACAAUACACUGUCGCAGUCAGUGGUUUGAUCGACUUGUUCGAACAUGACGAAUUGAUGAGUGAGAUCAGCUCGUGGGCCAUUGGCGCCCUCGCUCAUCCUCCUGAGUCUGCGGCUGCUGUGUUCUAUCUCGUCCUUGCGAUCGGGGCACAGGAAACCCACGAGACCAAAGCAGAGGCAUGGUUCACCUACGCGAGAGACAUACUGCUGAAGCAUCUGGUCAACAGCAUGAACGUUUCUACCGUUCAAGGCUUUGCACUCGUUGCAGUCUAUAUGCUUCGCGCUUUCCAACCAAAUGGCGCAUACCUCUAUUUUUCUUUGGCCGCUCGCACUGCAUAUGCAAUUGGUUUACAUCGUACAGAAGUCAACGCCUCUUUUGGAGAGCCAAUAAAAACCAUCAGGGGUCGCAUAUGGAAGAGUGUCCGCGUCGUCGAUCAGCUUAUUAGCAAUCUGCUGGGCCGGCCACCGUCUACCUCGGACGUCGACUGCACGGUGAAGUACAGUAUCACCGAAGUUGGCGACGACAUAAAUGCGCAGAUCCUCGACGCAAGUGUGCAGAUCUUCAUGAUCAUCGAGCGUGUGGUUGUCGAAGUGUAUUCACGCAAGAGAAUAUCUUUGCGUAUCGCUAACUAUGUGUCUCGCCAGCUCAAGACGUGGGCUUCGACUUGGCUCAAGCCCUUGCACGAAGCUACCAGCCAAGCAACUUUAGGCAGCUCGUCACCAGAAGCAGCCAUUGGUGCUUGCUCUACACUAUGCUCCUACUACUAUGGUAUCAUGUUGCUGACGCGACCAUUCCUAAUCUACGAGCUGUACGAGUACAUGGGCGCAUCACUAAAAGGCGGCGGUACUCAAGUCGAACACGAGGAGAAGCGAAAGUAUGCCGAUGCCGCGCUUGAUGCCGCAUCAUCAUUCGUAGAUACGCUACAGACCGUCAUACAUACCGGCAAGAUGCCUCGUAGGAUGCCUCUCAUAGUGUCAUGGCUCUUUACCACAUCCCUUGUGUUGGCAGUCGGCGUGCUAGGCCACUCAGGAAUGACCUUCAAGGAUGAUUGUCACGCUUCGAUUAGCUGCCUUGACUACUUUGGCAAAGUCGACCCGCAUGCUCGGCAAUACUCUCUCACUGUGCGGUCCUUACUAAAAACGACCACCACGCAUGUCAAGCAACGAGAAGAGUACUUGCGAACGCAGCAGAAGCAGGCCUCGUCGCAGUUGUUUGGAUUGCUACCUUCGACUGCGAACACGCCUCGACAAGACAUCAUCCACCGUCGUCGACACUCAACCGUGCAGCCAUUCACCUCAUCAGUGACAGAACAGGAUGUCCCUGUUGCGCCUGCCACUUCUGAUUGGACUAUAUAUGACGCCGAAUUCUUUUCCAUGCCAUGGAUGAAUGAGAACGACCAGGGACUGCAGGGAUUCUUGCAACCAGGAACACACACCUUUGACGGUGCAUCUAUUGCGGAUAUACCACUGUUCCCUAUGUACGACCAUCAAAGUGGCGGGAGCUUCCUAUGA